CAGCCCGCAGCCCACGACCACCAUGACUGAGGCACACCCCGACGACCCCGCCACGACGACGGCCGUCGCACCCACCGUCCCCGCGACGCAGCACGACGACCACGGCUAUGGCGACAUCUCCGAGCGGCCGUCCAUGGAGUCCCGCAUAUCCAUAGACGACCCUGUCGCGGACGACCUGCCCGACGCCGACCAUCCGACCGUCGCGCUGCUCGUUCCGUUCCCCCAGCUUCUACGCCCGCCGUCGAAGAAGCACGCAAAGGUCCCGCCGUUCUUGAUGUAUGCGCCGUUGGCGGCACCGCUCCCGCCGACGACGGAGGGCGAGAAGGUGAGCUGGAAGGACAAGGCGAUCCGGAAGUGGCAGAAGGAGGAGGCCGAGGCGAGGGAGAAGAAGACGGGCUUCAAGGCCAAGGCCGUCGGGCUAAUCUCGAAGGGCAUGUCAGCGACGAAGAACUCGCGCAUCGAAGCCUUGGCGUUCUUCGCUCCUACUACGCUCCUCAACUCCUGGCCUGCAGAGAACGUGCGGCAGGAAUUCACCGAGCUCGUAAAGUCGGCGAAGAAGGGCGCCAUCAUGAACGGCGUCAUCUCCACCUGUCUCGCGCCCUUCGCGCUCGCCUUCGACACUCUCACCUUCAUACCCGGGCCCUUCGAGAUCACAGCCGUAUGGUCCGCCUCGUCCUGGACCGGCGCCGCGCGCGCAACCGGGAUCGCCAACCGCAUAACCUCCUCUUCCCUCCCGAUCAACUUCACCACCGACCCUACGCUAGACGUGCUUCGUACGCGAAUGCACGAGAUGUGCUGGGCCGUCGCACCGCGCGGGGCGAUCCCGCCGCCCGGCCAGGGCUCCGGCGGCGUACCGCUUUCCGCAGGGGAGCAUGCCGCUGGUAUCAAGCGCGGCCCGGAGCUGGCGGGCGUCGUGCUGGCGUCCUUCCGCGCGCAUGGCGAGGACAUGAGCGACGUGCAGACGGAUCGGAUGGUUGUAGCGGAGGACCUGGAGAGGUGUAUGAAGAAGGCGGUCAAGGAGUGGGCGAAGGCGAUUCAUUGAGUCUCUGGAUUUCUGACGUAGCGGCUAAUAUAUACCUUAAUGCACGAAAUAUUGUGGCGCUAUCAAUUGUGUUGUAUCAAUCGUACUUUUGUGGGUUUCGAGGUGUGUACCAACUUUCGAUCUGG